UGCUGCUAAAUAGCGGAACAUGCAAGAUGAUAUAGUGGUGCAGUCAUGAAGAACGCUCUAUAUUGGGCUUCGUUUGAGUGUUUAAAGUGACCCAAAAGGUGAUUCCUCGCCCCUUUGUCCUCCUGCAUAACUUCCCAGAGAAUGGUAUUGAGCGCAAAUUAAUCUGUAACCUCUGCUGUGCAUUCAAGAGGCGGCAGGGAGAAGGACGCCGAACUGGUUUCAUUUCAGUGUCGGAAGGAGUGUGGCUCUGAGAACUGAGCCGGAUAAAGACAGCAGAACAAUGUCUUGGAUUAGAGACGGGUUGGAUUGCAUGUCGGAGACGGAGAAAAGCCAGUUGAAAAGGACCUUGGAGUUGGGUGCCGUUAUGACUGUAUUUAGCCUGAAAAAGUCCCAGCCCGAGAGGAGAACCUUGCAGGUGAUCAUGGAAACUCAACAACUGUCCUGGAACAGGACGGCGGACAAGAUCGAGGGUGUCCUUGAUUUACAAGAGAUCAAAGAACUUCGCCUUGGGAAAAACUCAAAGGACUUUGAGCAGAUUUCAAAAGAACAAAGAGACAAGUACAACGAUGAUGUCUGCUUCACAGUGUUCUAUGGAUCUGAGUUUGUUCUGAACAAUCUCAGUUUGGCAGCUAAUUCGAAAGACGAAGCUUCCAAAUGGAUAAAGGGUCUGGAAAUCCUCCAGAAAGAAGCUCAAAGUGCAGCGACACCCUUACUAGUCGAAAGCUGGCUGAGGAAACAGUUUUAUUCUGUGGACUUCACAAGGAGAAACAGCAUCUCCUUCAAGGAGCUGAAGAUAAUGCUACCUCAAGUGAAUUUCAAAGUACCAAAUAUGAAGUUCCUUAAGGACAAGAUGGGGGACAUGGGGAAUUCUAAAGAUGAUCUUAGCUUUGAACACUUUCACCACUUCUACAAGAACCUAAUGUUUGAAAGCCAGAAGAUGAUUCUUGAAAUGUUUAAAGUGGAGGGAUCUGUAUUUAUUCUUGGAAGAACAGAUAAACUCAAGUCUUCAGUUUUGUACCUUCAUGACUUCCAACGCUUCCUCAUCCAUGAACAGAAGGAAUCAUGGGCCAGUGAUGUUAAAAAAGUUCUAGAGCUGAUGACUAGAUGUAUUUAUGACACUUACAGAGAAACAAACGAGCCCUUCUUCUAUGUAAAUGAGUUUCUGUCAUAUCUAUUUUCAAAAGAAAAUACCAUCUGGGACACCAAGAAUGAUUCCAUCUGCAUCCAGGAUAUGAAUAACCCAUUGUCACAUUACUGGAUCUCAUCUUCACAUAACACAUACCUCACAGGAGAUCAGCUUCGUAGUGAUUCAUCUACUGAGGCAUAUGCUAGAUGCUUGCGGAUGGGAUGUCGAUGUAUUGAAUUGGAUUGUUGGGAUGGACCAGAUGGCAAACCCAUUAUUUAUCAUGGUUGGACACUUACAUCCAAAAUCAAGUUCGACGAUGUUGUCGAUGCCAUCAAAAGCCAUGCCUUUGUUACAUCAGAGUAUCCAGUCAUCCUUUCGAUCGAAGAGCACUGCACGAUUGAGCAGCAGCGACAUAUGGCCACGAAGUUCAAGGACACCUUUGGGUCUAUGCUUAUAACCAAACCCAUUGAGGCAAAUGCAGAGCAGUUACCGUCACCAGCCCAGCUUACAAACAAAAUUAUCAUCAAGCACAAAAAAUUGGAUUCCCAGCAAGAGAAUUCAAGCUCAACUAUUUACACCAGUUACAAGGAGCUUGAAAAGAAGUCUGGAUUUCUCUAUAUGCUGGAUCCAAUAGAUCUGAAAUGGUACAAACAUUAUUGCGUAAUCGUAGAUGGCAAGCUGUAUUUUUCAGAUCCAAGUGAUGAUGAUAAUGACUGCACAAAAACAUCAUGCCAGAAAAUCGAUAGCAUGAAUCGUCACUUCAAUGAGAAAUGGUUUCAUGGGAAAAUGGGCAAGGAUGGCAGACAGCGAGCAGAGAAGCUGUUACAGGAGCUCUGUAUGGACACAUCGGGACAAGACGGAACAUUUUUGGUCCGCGAGAGUGAUACAUUCCCUGGAGACUUCACCUUGUCAUUUUGGAGGAACGGAAGAGUUCAGCACUGUCGCAUUCGCUCUGUCACAGAUGAAGAGGGCAUUAAAUACUUCCUGACUGAUAACUUAACUUUCAACAAUGUCUACGACCUAGUGCAAUACUACCAGAAUACACCUUUACGAUGCAGUGAAUUUGAAUUAUGUUUAACCGAAGCAGUACCUUGCCCAAACCCUCAUGAAUCUCAGGAAUGGUACUAUAAAAAUCUAAGCCGGGGAGAAGCCGAGGACAUGCUUAUGAGGAUACCCAGAGAUGGGGCCUUUUUGGUUCGAAAGCGAGAUGAGCCAAAUUCCUAUGCUAUUACCUUUAGGGCUGAAAAUAAGGUUAAGCACUGCCGCAUUAACUAUGAAGAAGGGAAGUACAUACUAGGGACCUCGGCAGAGUUUGACAGCCUUGUGGAGCUUAUCAGUUAUCAUAAAAAACAGCCGUUAUAUAGAAAAAUGAAACUCCGUUACCCAGUCACAGAAAAAAUGCUUGAGCGUUACAGUGUGGUAAAAGACUAUGGCAGUCUCUAUGGGAUAAAUUAUGUGGAUCCAAAUGAACUUGCACCUUCGAAGGGUUCAGUGAAGGCUCUGUACCAUUAUCAAAGUCAACAACCAGAUGAACUUUCUUUUCCUAGAGGUGCCAUCAUCCUCAAUGUCAAAAAGCACGACCAAGGAUGGUGGACAGGGGACUAUGGUGACCAAAUACAAAAAUACUUUCCAGCCAACUACGUGGAAGAAAUAGCAGCUGAAAUUCAAGAGGAAGUGAAUAACCAGAUAACAGAAGAUAAUCCCCUGGGUGUAUUUUGCAGAGGGAUUGUCGAACUUGCUAACUGUUCUGUUGAUAAACAGGUAAAUGGGAUGAAUGAGAUGGCUUUCGUGUUCACUAUCCAACCAAAAGUACCUGUGGAUGCACCUGCCCUGGAUAUUGCUACUGAAACACUGGAAGAUUUGUUCUCCUGGUACCAUGAAGUGGUACAAUGCUCUCAGAAGAUAUACGUACAGGAGGAGAAUCGAAAUGAGAUGGAGAGGAAGCAACAGAUUGCCAAAGAGUUGUCUGACUUAGUUGUGUACUGCAAGCCAGCAAAGUGCAAAGACUUCUUUCCAACUGCGAAAGAUGUCAUUGAUUACAAGGAAAUGAGAUCAUUUGCAGAAAAUAAGGCAGAAGCUAUCCUCAAACAGAAACCCAAAGAGUUUCGAGAAUACAACCGUAAGCAACUUUCCAGAAUCUAUCCCAAAGGACAACGCAUUGAAUCUUCCAACUACGACCCAAUUCUGCUAUGGCAACAUGGAUCCCAAAUGGCUGCUCUAAAUUUCCAAACACCAGAUAAGUCAAUGCAGCUGAAUCAAGCUUUGUUUUCUAUGAAUGGAAAAACAGGGUAUAUACUACAGCCUGAAUCACUGAGGAGUGACAAUCCAAAUAAACAUCGACCAUAUUCCAUUAAAAUAAAACUUCUUGGUGCCCGCCAUCUACCCAAACCUGGCAGGAGUAUAGUUUGUCCUUUUGUAGAAAUGGAACUGUGUGGGCCUGAGAAUGAGAAUGAGAAUAAGAAGUUCAAGACAGUGGUGAUAAAUGAUAAUGGCCUUAAUCCAGUUUGGUCAGGAGCAACUGAAGAGCCAACUAAGGAAUUUGUCAUCCAAGAUCCCUCUUUAGCAUUUCUUCGAUUUGUUGUGUAUGAAGAGGACAUGUUCAGCGAUCCAAACUUCUUGGCUCAUGCUACUUUCCCCAUCAAAGGAAUCAAAACUGGGUACAGGUCUGUUCCUCUUAAGAAUGGUUAUAAUGAAGAUAUUGAAUUAGCAGCUCUUCUAGUCCAUUGCGAAGUGAAUCAUUUAGGGGUAGGUGAAGAAGACCUUUACUCUUCGCGUCAGCAGUUACGGCAGCGGCCAGUUGAAGGGUUAUACGAUACUGCCCCAAUUAGGCAACGGACAUUAGAAGGAUUAUACAGUAGCAGUACUCCCCGUCAGAGGCAAGCAUGCGAUCCAAUGUUAUAUGAUUCCAAUACACUGCCAGUUCACAGGAGUGGAGGUCAGAGAGAACAACUGCCAGAAGUUCCAAAGAGGAGAGGCAAAGAUAAAGAAAAGAGACCUGCUCACAACAAAUAUUAUCCAUGAAAGAAGACUGCCUUUGUCAUCAGUCCAUGGUGCCAUCAUAUUGUAAAGCAAAAGUAUUUACUGUUGUAAAUUAAAAUAUUUUGUUUUUAGGAAAUUGGUGGUCAGUAUAUCAGUGGAUUUAAUGAAUUUAUUGCACUAUACCUAAUUAUUGUUUUGAUCAAGUAACUGAAAUCAUUAAUUUACUGCCUUCCCACUUUAAUGAAGCUCCUUUUAUUUUCCACAUUAAAUGGUCUGUUGAUUCCAAAGUCUUUCAAAGGAAUCUGUCCUACAGAUGUUAAUCAAUUGAAUGGUAUCACAUUAACCUAUAGUGCAAUGAUAUAGUCCUUUUCAAUUAUUAACUCUAAUAAAAUUGAGACAACCCAACAUUUCUAAGUUAUUGCUGAUUAGAGUUUAAAUAUUAAAACAAUGAUUAAAGAAUAAAUAUGAAGGGUUGAGAAGCAAGCAACUGCAGAUACUGGAAAUCUGAAAUGAAAAUAUGAUACUGGAAAUACUUGUGGUCAGUCAGUAACUGUGGAAAGAGAAAUAGAAUUGAAACAUAGUUAAUAAUUUUGUCAGCACUCAAAUUCUGAUGAAAAGUCAAGUACUUGAAAUGUUAACAAUGUGCUUAAUUCCAUAGAUGCUGUCUGAUCAACUUGUUUAUCCCAUAUUUUAUAUGAUUAGCUUAUGAAGGGUUGAGAUCAUCAUAAUGAAUUACGCGUUAAAUAGGAAAGUGCACAGAACUGAAUAUGCCUUAUUACCUGUGUUCCAACUUCAGAUAAUUUUCAGAGUACCGGGCCAAUAUAGAACAGGAUAUCAUAUGGAGUCCGGGUUUGAGCUCAGAUAUUGGCUUAUAACUAAAAUACACUGAAACCGUUAAUGACAUAUCCAAUGUCUUCAAUGCAGAAGAAAACAAAUGACCAAAGGUGCUUUGCUUUACAAGUUAAACAUUUUCCAAAGAGGUUAAAAAAAACUUGGUAAAAGGUCAUGUGAGCAACAUGAUUAUACCCAACGAAUGUGGAACACAGACAGAAUUAGCUUGGCCUCGGGUAGUGAGGAAAAAUAGUAUAUCAACUAUGUCAUAAUUUCAAUAGAAAUACUACAGUACUGUAAAUUAUAAUUUAUCUUAAAGAUCAUGAUUGUCAUUCAGCUAUUGAAAUUAUUGCAUUAUGUGACUUAAACAGAAUCAAUGGGCUGAGGUGAAAAUUCAGAAAAUUAUGCACAGCAUAUGCCAUGUUAAAAGAUUCAAUGUUUCAAGUAAAUGGAGUUCAGAAAACCAAGUACUUUUUUGUAUUUAUAAGAAUAUGAGUACAUUUUAAUUUAUAGUUUGUGUUAAAACAUGAACAUCUUCCUCCUAUUAUAAUGAAAAAGUUAAUGAAAAGUCUUUUUUUACAUAAUUUAUAUAGGCUUGCGAAAUUCAAUUCUCCCACAAGAAACAUUAAUCUCUGGUAUAAAACUGCAUUUGACCUUUUGAUAAGCCAUUAUCCACACUGGAAUUUUGAUUAAUUUGUUCAACUUCAACUAUUUUUAUGCCUGUUGCUAAAACGGUCUCUAUUAACUCGAUGUAGAGAGUAUUCCAUUACUGGCUUCUUGGUUACUUUCUGAAACAAAAAUAUUUCUCACCAGCCCAGCAUCUUGAUAUUUAAAGUAUAAGAAAAUGUAAUUUUGAUUCCAACUUUUUGUACGGCUUGAAAAUCACUGUCUAGCUUCUUCCUACCUAAUUGUGGUAGCUCAAAAAAAAAUCACUUUAUGCAUGCUACCACAUCUACAGACCCUGUAUGUGCAGUGUGACUAAUAAUUGAGGUAAUAUGUCAGGGACUUAAGGAAAAUGGAGCUAGAAACACAAAAUCCUGGAGAAAUUCAGCAGGUUAGGCAGCAUCUAUGGAAAGGAAAACUGGAAGUGUAUCUUAUAUGGAAUGAUAAGUCACAAGAAGGUAAAUAAUUUACCAAAAACUGAAUUACAAUCAGAAAAGUAUUUCUAUACACUCUUUGUAGUGUAGAAGUUUUAAAAAAAAUCCUUUAAUGACACUUCAUUUAGCAUUCCGUGCAAGUAUUUCUACAAUGUUUGCAAUUGUUUUCAUCAGAAGCAGAAUGCAUUUAAGUUAUUUGCUCAAUGUACAUUCUCCUUAUAAAUGCGCUACAUAAUUUCUUUAUGAAUGUAUAUUUGUCAUAAAAUCUAAAGAUUUUCAGUAAGUUCAGCAAUGAAAAAUUUAAAAUUCAUUAAGUUCUUGUAUGUUUGCAACUUCUGUUACUUUAGGAAAAAAAUGGGACUUUGAGGGUGAUGGUAGCUUAAAUAUGUAAAUAUCAAUGGCUGGUUUAUACUGACAAAAGUCAUACCAGGUUGUUGUGAGUUUUUUUUUGUUUUUAACUAAAUUUAAUGUGAGGAAUACAAAUAUAAACAUUUCUAAUGUGCCUUUUCCUGAGUGCAUUACUUCUACAUAAUACUAUGUAAUAAAUGUCUAAGUCAUUGUUAAAUAUCAGACUGAAAAUAGGUUACAAUUUUCUUUGAAAGAUAUUUUUAACAUUGCUCUGGAUAAUUAACACAAUUUCCACCUUUUCUGAUCAAGUACCAAAGUUACAAAAUGCUAAGGUACUGCUUCUUCCAAUCAUUUAAAAUUGUAUUUAAGAAUUACAUCUUUGUAUUUACAGAAUUACAUAUUUUAGCAAUACGGUUGUAAAUCUGAUUAAUUUUUACCUUUUGGUGUCACUCUUCAAAAUGUGUACUUUGGGCCAUUCUUUGCAGAAAUUAGUGCAGAAAUUUCAAAAAGGCUGUAUACAUAAUUUAUUUGAAUAUUAAUUUGAGAUCAUGCACUUCUGAAAUUAUGAUUUGGUCACAUAUUGAAGAAAUGACAUUAUUGAAGCCAUCCAACCAUUGUACUUUGUGAGGCAAUAUUCUUCCAUAAAAAGCACAAUUGAACAGUACAUAGAUGAGAUAUUAGACUGUUAUUAUGUAAGAAGCCAUUGUGCGAGUGCUGAAAGACAGAAAAGCAUAACUGCAAUAAUAGUAACUUGAAACAAAUCCACAAGGCUCAAAAUACACAGUAAGCGGGAAAUAAGUCACUGGGCAUACGAUGCAAAAUACUUGGUUUACAUUUUAAGUACUUUUUGUUUUGGAGCAUAUAAUAUUCUGUCCUUCCAAUCCAGUUUUUCCAUUUCAUAUUUAAAAUGUUCAAUUAUAAAACUACAUUUGAAGUACAAAACAAGUGAAGAAUUUUUGGCUCAAACAAAAAUCUAAGGAAUGCUAAUGACUUUCUUGACCUGAUGGAAAAUGUCUUUAUAUUUUUCUUUUUGCUUUCUCUGUUAUCUUACAUAACUUCUGAUGAAUGAUUUCUAGUUAUAGCAAUUUGGCAGUUAAAUUCCACUUAAUUGAAGGGAAGCAAUCCUUGUAAAAUGAAAGGUAGGUCAUGUUAUUUCCAGAAUCUGUUAACUUUUUUUGCAUUUGUUUCUGGAAAAAAAUGAAAAUGGGGGGGAAAAAAGUAGCUUUGUUGACUUUAAAUUUGAUUUGGUUAAAUAUAGACAUUUCAACAUUUUUAAGGAUAAAUUUGGGUAGUUUCAUGCUAUUUUAAAAAGUAAAACCGUUCUGAACAUUGUGUAUUUUGCUUUGUAUUCUCAAUUAUUUAACAUGUACAAAUAAAUAUUCAUAUAUUUG